UUUUGUACGUGCGGCUGACGUUGUACCGUAUUUAUAUUAUUAUUAUUAUUUUCUUGGUUCCCCUCCGGUUGCCGUCGCGUCGAAAUCCACCGCCGCCACCGCUCGUGUACGUCCGUACGUGCGUGUUUUGUAGUGCACUAGUGCAGUGCAGUGUGCGUCUCGCUGUUAUUAAAAUACGUUUCGCGCUCGUCCGCGCGUUUUCCGCGAUUUUCUUUCUCCUCCCGCGUCAGUGUUCGACCGUUGGUGCGCACAUCGUACGAUAAUAUUGGUAAAUAAUCAAUCCCGCAAUGUGCCAGUGAAAAACGUGAGCGUUCCCGAAAAUAGUUUUACAAUAUUUAAAGUUGUAAAUUUUCGAUUCUCGCGUAUUGUGCGACGACGGGCGCCGCGCAGCAGUGACCGCGUUUUCCGCGACGUAGUUCGGAACAUGGCCCCGGGGCCGCUGGUUCGACAGCUACCUGUUGUUUCUCACGUCGGUAGUGUCAACGAGAUGAUGUGCAACCGCGAUCGCGGCACCGCUGUCUGCCGAGGACACUGAUCGGAGCAGAGGAGAUACCCAUACCGAAAUUACCAUGAAUCCUGAAAUGACUAUGGCCAUGAAAAGGCACGAAGAGCGGGAGGCUUUGAGGAGCGUCAUUCAGCAAUGGAAUGCUAAUCGACUAGAUCUGUUCGAACUUUCUGAACCAAAUGAGGAACUACUUUUCCAUGGUGUUAUGAGGUUUUACUUCCAAGAACCUGGCACCGGUCAAAAAGUUGCUACGAAGUGCAUUCGUGUUGCAUCAGACGCAACGUCACAAGCAGUUAUUGAAACUCUUAUUGAAAAGUUUCGACCUGAUAUGAGAAUGUUAUCAGUACCGGAGUAUGCUUUAUACGAAAUACACGAAAAUGGAGACGAAAGAAAACUCGGUGUUGAUGAAAAACCUUUAUUAGUACAGUUGAACUGGCAUAAAGACGAUCGUGAAGGCAGAUUUUUAUUACGCCGGAUAGACGAAAAAACAAAUAUGCCUGCUGGGACGUUUCAAGAAGCAGGAUCUAGUUUUAAACGUAAGCUAUCAAAACGAGAGAAGAAACAGCUUAAAAAGCAAGAAAAACUUAAUCGUGCCAAAAGUCAUGGUUUAAGCCCAAAUGAUGAAAAUGAUGCUGGUGUUGCAGAAAAAUUAUACACAGAGUUACCAGAAACAAGUUUCACUAGAUCAAUUUCUAAUCCAGAGGCAGUUAUGCGUCGUCGACGUCAACAAAAAUUAGAACGGAAAUUACAAGCAUUUCGUAGUAAAGAUGGUGGUCCUGAUACUGGUGGCACUCUUAAAAUUUAUGGUGAAUCUCUCUGUAGGGAUGUACCUUACAAAACUUUGUUAUUGUCUAUUAGAGAUACUGCUCAACAAGUUGUUAAGGAAAUGUUGGCUAAAUAUGGUCUUGAUAAAGUAGAUCCUCACAAUUUUUGCCUUGUUCAGGUUAAUAAUGCAAUUGCAUUAAAUGAAAAUAAUUCUGGAUUGAACAAUGGAGUUUCAGAAAAUAAGGAAACACUUAACAAUAAUAGAGAAUAUAUACUUGAUGACGAUGAAUGCCCUUUAGCUAUUUUAAUGAAUCAUCCACAGACUAGAGGCUCAAUUAUGUUCCACGUACGUCGGAGACCGGCUGAUUACCAUCCUAGAAAAAGAAAAAAGAAACCUACACAUAAAUGGAACCAACAAAACAGCACAAGCGAAAUGUUGGAGUAUCGAUAUGAAGACGGUUUAGAUAGAUUACCAUUUUUUUUAGAGCUUAAUGCAGAUGGUAUGGAUAUGGUAAAUCCUAAGCGGUAUCGAAUUCAUCCCAAUGUAACGGAAGUAGGCUGUGAGAGACAGAAUCAGCCCCAAAGUAAUGCUCAAUGUUUACAGCUUAGUGGUCCUAAUAUUCAACCUCGGCAUUGUGUGAUCGCACAUACUGAAGGCAUUGUCACUGUAACGCCUUGUAGUCGGGACGCCGAAACCUAUGUUAACGGACAACGAAUAUUUGAGACCACUAUUCUUAAGAACGGAGAAAUAGUGAAAUUUGGGCGGUUAAACAAUCUUAGGUUUUUGGAUCCUUGUUAUGAUGAACGGCCUAGACCUCGUAAUAAUUCAUUAAGAAAUGUUCAAGACUAUUAUGAUAGCGGGUCAGUAGACAACACCCAGCACUCAGUUGUUACGCAACAAAAUUUUGAAACAACUUUUGAUGUGGAUGGUAAUAUUGAAACGCGCUCUACUUCUAGCCAAGGAAAUAAAGAUGACACUAGAUCACAGAGGUCAAUCACCAGCAGCCGUGAUGGCAAUCGAUUGUCUGCUGUAUAUGGUCGUACUAGUACUGCCCCAGUGGCAGAUAAUAUUUUACCCUGUGUCUUGGAAGUAAGAGAAGAGACUGAAGAAGCAUGGAUUCAUGCUGUCACCAUGGAUAUUGAUCCUUCGACAUUAACAUUUAAACAUGCUCCAGCUUAUUGUCUAUAUCUUUUAGCUAGAUAUAGAGCAUCUACUUCAUAUCGACCAGAUGUUACCCCAAUGGAACGAGCCAAUCGAUUAUCAUUGACUUUUGCCAAAGUUGCAACUAUACUCUAUACUAUGAUACAGGGAAAACAAAAUGAUUUAACUUUGUUAUCAUUUUGGCUUGCAAUCGUGACCGAAUUAAGACAAUUUUUACAUAGUGAUCGCCAUUUGUCUAACUUUUUGACAGAAACUAUUGAAAUGUUGCAUGAUACCCAGCAAGCAGCUAUGCGAUUUAUUGUUGAAUGCAUUCUGGAAGAACUGAUGGCAGUAUUACCCGAUAUUUUUGCAGAAAAUACAGAUGCUGAUAAUGAGCAUUUACCUGCUAAUUCGAUUGUUAGUAAGCUGGGUAUGAUGAUGACAACACUGCGUGAAGGUCGUGUUAAUGCAUCUCUUACCAUUCAAAUCUAUAAUCAAGUAUUUCGUUUUAUUAAUGCUUGGGCAUUUAAUCGUCUUAUCACUGCCGAUAUGGGUUAUUAUACUCGUUCGUGGGGUGCACGAUUAAAGUCACGCAUUGGACGUCUUCAAGCAUGGGCCGAAAGACAGGGUUUGGAAGUAUCAGCCGAUUGUCAAUUAGCAUUAAUUUCUCAAGCUGCUGAUCUACUUCAUGCACCAAAAUACACUGGUGAAGAUUUAGCAAGUAUUACUUCUACAUGUUUUAAGCUCAAUUCUCUUCAGCUCAAAGCCUUAUUAGUUAAAUAUCAACCAUCUCUAGACGAACCUAGACUGCCACAUGAACUUAUUGACAAUGUUGUACGGGUUGCUGAGAACUUGGCUGAUGAAUUAGCUCGAUCUGAUGGUCGUGAAAUACGGCUAGAAGAAGAUGAUGAAUUAAUGAUAACUUUUGUACAACCUGAAGAAGGAUUCAGUUAUGAGGUUGCUAGAGGUGUUCCUCCAGGUCUCAUUGAAUUCAUUCAACCCCUUCAACAAGCUGGAAUGUGCCGCUUAACACUUCAUUCUAAUGCUUCUGGCUUAUGGACUGUGUACUUUUUACCAAAUGCUCGAAGUCCAAGUGCAUUGAGCAAUAGAAGUGGUGGUUACGCUAUACAAGCACCAGAACCUGAUGUACAAACCAUAAGAUUACAUAAAUCCAACAAUGGAAUGGGUUUGAGUAUUGUGGCAGCAAAAGGUGCUGGUCAAGAACGGUUAGGUAUAUAUAUCAAAUCCGUUGUGAAAGGAGGUGCUGCCGAUGCAGACGGAAGACUUCAAGCUGGUGAUCAGUUAUUGAAAGUUGAUGGUCAAAGUCUUGUUGGUAUUACUCAAGAAAAGGCUGCAGAAUAUUUGGUGCGUACAGGACCAAUAGUAACCCUUGAAGUUGCUAAACAAGGUGCCAUACAUCAUGGUUUAGCUACAUUGCUUUCUCAGCCUUCUCCUGUUAUGGCUAGAGAUUCCGUCCGUAGGGAAAGGCCAAUAUCUGAUUAUCAGCCCCGCGUGAAAGCCAAACUCCCACAAAGCAGUUUAUCGAUGCAUGACAUACACGAAUGUAGCGAUGAAGAAGUGAUAACCACUUGGAUGACGGACGUACUAUCUCUAUCAGGUCCUCGUCGUAUGAGCGAACGGGACUUGCCGUCUCGUGUGUUAAACGAACAACAAAACAUCAACUCCAGAGGUCCACCACCUCACCAUCUGUCACAAAUUCAGAGUUCGAAAUCCGUCCCUUCUCUUCACAGCGUUGAAGGGGCAAGCACAACUAUACCUCCUAUAGUAGGUAGACCACCAACUCAACACGAAGUUUUUAAUCCUGGAUAUAAUCGCACUUCAACUACUUAUAAUCUUCAGCAUCAGAAUACACUUAAAUCUCGGUCUAGCCAAAAUCUUAAUGAUUCUCGUCCACACUCCCAAAUGGCUCUUCGUCAGCCAUCAAAUCCAAAUCUCUUAAAUGGUAACUACCAUCCAGAACGAUCACCAUCUGUUCACGCAAAUGUAUAUCAACCUCAACAGCAGCACCCAGCAUAUCAACAGCAUAUACAGCAACAGUUGUUAAUGCAACAACAAUAUAACAGUCCUACUCCAGAAACUACUGAUGAACGUUUCUACCAAAAUGUUAACCAAAUAUAUAGAAACCAAGAUCAAAAUGGUUAUGGACCAUCUGGAAAACUGCCAAGUCCACCCGACGAAAGAACUCCUAAUCAAUUACAAAAGAGUUUUAGAGGAUCACAAUCAUCAUUGCAGAGUAGACAAAGCUCUGAUGUCACCCAACAUUUGAAAGAUAGACCUACAUCAGCAUAUAUAUCCAAUAAAGAUUCUUAUAAUUUACAGAAUCAGGGAAUGACAAUGCGUUCUCAAUCUUCAAGAGAUAUGUUAAGGCAGGAUGCAAAAUUACAAGAGAUGACUGAAGAAGUGCGUAGACGUGAAUUAAGGUCUAGUGGGGUUAUGUCUCCACAUCAAUACGCCACACAACAGAGACCACCACCAAAUAGAGCUCAACCAUAUCUAGGUUACCAAGAUGCUAAACCCACUUCAUACUUGGCAGAUCAAUUAAAACCUCAACAAGACAUUGUUCGCUCUCAGCAAUACCAUCAGCCAAUGAGAGCCACAGUUCCUGAGCCUAUGCCACCUGCAUAUAGAGAAUCACCUCCACCACCUCCUCCACCACCAACAUCAACACAUCCACUUUACCAGACAAGUCCACCGCGCAAUGAACCUAACAGAUAUAUGGCCAGUGGUGGUGAACCACCUAGAGGUGGUUUUUAUCAAACACCUACAGAGCAAUCUAAGCAAUACCCAUAUCAGGGCACUAAUCCUUGGCAAAGAGAAGAAAAAGAAAAAGAAGCAGAACGUAGAAGAGAAGCUGGUAGAAUGUGGCGUGAUCAACAAAUGAGUGAACUUGUAGCACUUGGUCCCAAUAGAACUGUAAGUCAAGAAGAACAGCUGCGAGCUCUCAGAUUAGAAAAAGAAUUUGAACGUCGGGCCCAGGAAGAAGGAGAAGAUGAUGAUGAUGAUGAUCAAGAAGCAAAUGAAAGAGUGCAACAAUUAAUGCGUAGUGCUCAACAACAAAGUGAUAGGAGACCACCUCCAAAUACAGUUAGGGCUCCAAGUAAUAAUUAUAUGAAUAGUUCACUUAGAGGUCCACAACCAGUACCUUCUAAUGGAAUCAGUGAUGAAAAAGAACGAUUAAGAAGACUUAAAGAAAUGAAAACAAAACAAGUUGAGAUGGAAGCUAUAAGAGAAGUAGAAUUGAAACUUAAAAGAAAGGAGGAAGAACUCAAGUAUCAACAACAGCAACAGCUAUUAAAUCAAUCUUAUAAUAAUAACACUCCCAAUCACAUUAAUCGUUCUGUAAAUCCACCCAACAAUUUAUCUCUUGAUAAUUCUGGAUAUGGUUAUAGUCCAUCAUCACAAGGAAGCCACCCUUCUCAACGGUUAGAUAAUUUGUUGGGCAGUCCCAACAAUAACGAUCCACCUCUUCCACCUGAACGAGGAUCAUCAUAUGCUAUAAUGAGCCAGGUAGAAACAAAAGCAACACCACCUAGACCACCAGUUCUUUCAUCUACUCCAAAUGGAGUGGUAACUGUAUCGAAUGCAAAUAUUACCCCUAAACGUGUGUCAUUCCAAGACCCAACAUCUAUACCACCAUCACCACCAUCUCCAACAUUGGAGAAAAUUAUUGAAGAUCCUGAUAAUUUCAUUGAUCAAGCCGAAACAAUGUUAGCCUCACCACGUAGCCCUGACAUUCAGUUUACCAGUGGUAAUACACCAGGAGUAAUAGGAGCUCAAGAAGUCUACAGGGAUCCAAGACAACGUUUGCUAGCUGAACAACAUCAAAAACAAAUGUCUAAUAAAGUGGGUACAGUGCCAGAGAAGUUGAGUUUUAAAGAAAAAAUGAAAAUGUUUGCCAUGGAAACUGGAGAAGAUGGUACACCCAAAGAUAAAGUAAAAAUAUCAAAAGCUCAACGAGAGAUUGACAACUUAGGAGCAUCUAAUACACCAUUAACUAAUUAAAUAAAAAUAUUGAACAAUAUUUAUUACUUAGAUAUGCACUUAAACAUCCCAUUAAAGUUAAGUAUUUUUUCAUUUAUUUUUUAU